AUGAUUAUCCCCGUGCGGUGCUUCUCCUGUGGAAAGGUUGUUGGUGAUCUGUGGGAGCGUUACUUGCAACUGCUCGAUGAGGGUGUCCCUGACGGCGAUGCUAUGGACCAACUGGGAUGCCGACGAUACUGCUGCCGACGAAUGGUCAUGACUCAUGUGGACCUGAUCGAGAAGCUUCUGCGAUAUAACUCCGCUGAAAAAGAUCGAUCUAAGGCCCAUGCUUAA